CUCAUGAGGAAGAAGUCCAUGAACCAGCCCCCCCUCCAGUUCAUGAGCCAGAGGAGAAGCCCAGAAUAAAACUAACUGCUCCUAAAAUACCAGAGGGUGAGAAAGUAGACUUUGAUGACAUCCAAAAGAAAAGGCAGAACAAAGACCUGAUUGAACUGCAGGCCUUGAUUGACAGCCACUUUGAAGCCAGGAGAAAGGAAGAGGAAGAGCUGGUUGCCCUCAAGGAGAGGAUUGAGAAGCGCAGAGCUGAAAGAGCAGAACAACAGAGAAUCCGGGCUGAGAAGGAGAAGGAGCGUCAGGCAAGGCUUGCGGAGGAAAAGGCACGCAGAGAGGAAGAAGAUGCCAAGAGAAAAGCUGAGGAUGAUCUCAAGAAGAAGAAGGCUCUGUCCUCCAUGGGUGCCACAUACAGCAGCUAUCUGGCUAAGGCUGAUCAGAAAAGAGGGAAGAAGCAAACAGCUAGAGAGACAAAGAAGAAGGUCCUGGCAGAGAGGCGCAAGCCACUGAACAUCGACCACCUUAAUGAAGACAAGCUGAGGGACAAGGCUAAGGAACUGUGGGACUGGUUAUACCAGCUGGAGACCGAGAAGUAUGACUUUACAGAGCAGAUAAAGAGGAAAAAAUACGAGAUUUUAACAAUGCGUUGCAGGCUGCAGGAGCUUUCCAAGUUCAGCAAGAAGGCAGGAGCCAAGGGCAAGGUUGGCGGGCGCUGGAAGUAAAGAACCAAGCAGUAUGGCCCUUAGUGGCAUGCCGAAACCCUACUGGUGUCCUCUUUCUUCCUUCACCAAUCACUCGUGUUCCCAUGCCUCAAUGAUAACAAAAAUCGCAAAAUCAGCCUGGGUUGGCUAUUGCUGCUGCUUUCAUUCUUUUUCUUCCUGGAGGGGUCUGGCAGCUUCCUCAGUCAAAAGGAAGCAGGUUCCCUGUGAAGCUGAGAUGAUUGCUGAGCAUGUCCUCUAUCCUCCUGAUACCAGCCCUAUCCUGUCCUGUAGAUUGCUGUGUACAAAUCUCUGGAUUUUGUAAAUAAAGCGCAACCAGUAGCUACUCCAAU